AUGGCCAAGACCCCUGGUGAUCAUCUGCUGAACACCCUGGAGGAGCUGCUGCCCUAUGACUUCGAGAAGUUCAAGUUCAAGUUGCAGAACACCAGCCUGGAGAAGGGCCACUCCCGGAUCCCCCGGGGCCUUCUGCAGAUGGCCAGGCCGGUAAAGCUGGCCAGCCUGCUGCUCACCUACUACGGGGAGAAGUAUGCCGUAAGGCUGACCCUGCAGAUACUGAAAGCCACCAACCAGCGCCAACUAGCCGAGGAGCUUCGCAAAGCCACGGGCCCAGAACAUUUAACAGAAGAAAAUAGACCUGGUGGUUCUGCUCAGUCUUCUGGAGACACUAAGCCCAAGAAUGUGAAAGCGCCAGAUGUUCUGGAAGGUGAUGGGACCAGGCCGAGUGGUGACGGAUCACAGAACCUGCCACCCAGCCAGUCUGAAGCAGAGAAGGGGUCCCAGAAGAAGUCUCAGGUCAAGAGGAAGGAUCAGAGGGGUCCUGAGAGCCUGGACUCACAGACCAAGCCAGGGGCCAAGAGUGCAGCACCACUCUAUAGAAAAGGCCCGGGCACCACCCAGUGCCCAGGGAACAAAGACAGCGAGGCAAAAGCCCAGCUCCGCAGGAAUGCGAGCUCUGCAGGAAGGCUGCAGGGACUCUACAACAGUAGCCCCGGGAGGAGAGAAAGCAAGAAAGCUGAAGCGUAUCUGCCUUCAGGAAAGCAGCGACCCAGAAGUCUUGAGAUGACCACUUAUUCAAGCAAAGGAGAACCCCCAGGUCCAGAAGCUCUUCUGGCUCCAGAGGAAACAAUGACUUUGAAUCCACACUCGUCCCCUGGUCCCAUGAAGGUAGCGGUCCUGAAUGAAGAGACUACUGCAGUUCUAGAAAGGAACUCAGGAAAUCCAGAACCUUCCAUGGUCCCCAACGAAGAAACACUCAAGAACAUCCCUUCCAAAACAUCGUUGACUGGAGAGAAGAAACGCACUAUGUCCUUGAAGGAAAAUGAAACUGAAAGACCAGAGACCCCGGAGAGUUCGGGGAAGACGGCUGGCAGUUCAUUCUGUGAGUCCUGCAAUUCAGAAAUGCCUUUGUCAGUAUGGGAAAACGCAGCCCAAACUCCAGAAGACCCGGCACCCUCAGGACCCACAGCUUGUAAAGGAAGGUCCCAGGACAAGGCUGCAUGUCCUCUUUGCCACACCCGGGAAGGAGACCCGCACGGUGGUACCUGUGUGCAGAGUUCCUUCAGCGGCUCCAUUGCUCCUGGGGAUCCCAAGACCCCAGACAGAUGCUCAUCCAUAUGCGUCCAGUGCCAAAGCUCACUUGCAGGAAAGUACUGUGGAGACCAGAGCCCCCAGUCCCUACCGCAGUGCCCACGUCACAUGAAGCAGGUGCAGCUGCUCUUCUGCGAGGACCACAGGGAGCCCAUCUGCCUCAUCUGCAGGCUGAGUCAGGAGCAUCAAGGCCAUCGAGUGCGUCCCAUUGAGGAGGCUGCACUGGAGUAUAAGGAGCAAAUCCAGAAGCAGCUGGAGCUGCUGAGGGAGCUGAGGGGAUGUGUGGAGCAACACAGACUACAGGGAGACAAGAAGACAGAGAACUUCCUGAAAGAAACCGAAAUCCAGCAGCAAAGGGCUUCCUAUCAGCUGGAGAAGCUAUACCAGUUCCUGGAGCAGCAAGAGCAACUCUUUGUGGCCUGGCUGCAGGAGCUGGGCCAGGCCAUUGGCAAGGUCCGAGAGACGCAUGACACCCAGGUUUCCCGAGACAUUGCCCUCUUAGAUAAACUGAUUGGAGAACUGGAGGCCAAGCAAGACCAGCCAGAAUGGAAGCUCAUGCAGGACAUUGGAGUCACAUUGCACAGGGCCAAGAUGGUGACUGUCUCUGAGUCACUGGCCACUCCUCCAGAAGUCAAAGAAAAAAUCCACCUGCUCUACCAGAAAUCAAAGUUUGUGGAGAAGAGUAUGCAGAACUUCUCAGAAACACUGCGCUCUGAGAUGGAGACAUUCGAUGGUGUGGCUGUAGCAAAAUGCGGAGGGCACCAGCCUAGCAUGCCACGGACCCAGGGUUCGAUGCCCAGCGCUUACAUAAAGUGGGAUGCUGGAAACACACAGGACUAUGAUAUAGUACUGUACCCAGAAGUGGAAGCUGGAGGAGCAGGAUCUCAGGAUGACCUUCUGCCCCAGCAAGCUCAAAGCCCGCCUGAGCUACAGGAGACCAACAAACGAAAAACCCGAUCUUUCCUGAAAUGGAAGCCUUUAUUUGUAAUUCCAGAAGUGAUUGGUGCUCAGGAACGUGCCGGUUCCGCGGAGAACCUCACGGAAGAGCGGACACCAGCACCGAACAUACCCAUGGCGCGUGCAAAGGAAACCGAGGCCGAGCACGAGAGGCCAACUUCCCGCAGGACCGCCGCUCGUCGCCCGCCCGCCCUCCCGGCCACCAGGCGGUCUCCGGGUUACAGUUCGGAGCGAACUACAUUUCCCAGCGAGCACAGGAUUAGCCGAUCACGGGGGAGCACAGAGUGCUCCUUCGAUCGGGCCGACCAAGCUUCCACACCGGAAGUGGUUCGCCGGAAGUGGUCCCACAGAGGCGGAAGUAUCCGGCCUCCCAGAUGGAACUGGGUAUUAAUGUCCUCUCCGCGGAAAGCGGCAAAUUCCCAAAGGUUGCUGACAGUCUUUGAGGACACUCAAAAGGACGAGGCGAGAGAUCAGCCUCUCGCGCCUGGCUUUCUGGGUCAUUUCCAGAACCCAGAUCUUAGCGCAGGGGACGACUGA